UUUAGGAAGGAAAAAACGAGUAAAACUGGCAAAAAAACCACACACAUAGAAAUCUGAAAUCUCCAUGCCGCGGCCAGGUGCUUCUAUCUGAUCUACGGAGUACUCCUAGGCAAAAAGCGGAGCAUUUUUGCAGUUUUGCCCCUCAAACUCCUCCGGGUCUCUCAAUGGCGUCCUCCUCCGCUCGCCGGCUCGCCGCCCACUGGCACUGGGUCGUCGACGCCCUCGCCGGCGACGAGGCCCUCGACUUCUCCCUCGUCCAAGCGCUGGUGGGCGCCUCGCCGGAGCCGCUCGCGGGCGCGCCGGAGGCAACGCGGGAGAGGCUCGCGCUCCGAUGCCUGCAGGAGGUCGUCUCCGUCGCCGCCCAGGGCGAGGCCCCGGCUGCGGCGGCGGCGGCGGCGUGGGUGGGGGGCAGGACGAUGCUUAGGGUUGAUGCCGCCCGCUCCUGCGAGGAGUUGCUGCUGGAGCUACUCGGACAGGUUGGUAGUUCAGGAAGCCUGGAGAAAGAUAUGGUUCUGCCUUUUAUCAAGGAUAUCCAAAAGUUUAUAUGUACCAAAACACCGGCUUUACCAGAAACUUCUUUUGAGUUGCUUAGAGAAGUGAUCCCAGAUUUCGCAUCUAUGGUCCCACCGUCCCCAGUGCAGCAGGGUGGCAAGAACAAUGGCAAUGACCAGUCGUUCUGCAGCAUCAGCCCUGAUCAUGUAAACACAGAGAGGCAUGGGUGCCAUACAGAUAGUUCUGAUUUUCAGCGACAGAAGGAUCCUAUGGAGCGAACUCCAGAUUUGCAUGAACCAUCUAGGCUGUACAAUAGGUGUUACGAUCGCCCUCAAGAAGAUACCAUUGGUGUCAGUGUCAGGUCCGCACAAAUGAGUCCAAGUAAAGAUAGUAGAAAAAUGUCCAUUACAACUGAGCCUGCUUCAGCUAGCUGCAGUGCUGCUUUGCUCCGAAGUAAUACUGAACUUAUGUCAAAGCAGGAUGCGGUGGAGACUACCAUGUCCCAAGAAAAGAGUCCUACUACCAUUCUUCAGCAAGAAUCCUGUGGAGACAAGUACAGAAAUCCAUGCCACGAUAAUGAUGGAGAGAGACCACAUGGUGAUGACACCAACAUUCAUUUAUCAAAGAAUCUCAGUCAUGAAGGAUUGACCAUGCAGGCUAUGGUGGCUCCAGAUUCUGACAGAACUAAUGCUUUAUGGACAAAUACAUUUGAAACAAAUCACUUGCCUGAGUUUGUUGCUGCAGAUGUUACAGGCGUGAUGACAGAAUUACAUGGCAGAAAAACCCAAAGGAAUUCACUGCAACAUGACAGUGGCGAGACAGCAGUUCAAGUUCUGGAUGAGGGUAGUGCCAGGAUUCAGCUAGUGGAAAAGGGUCCUGGUCAUAAUGAACUGAAUCUGCAAACUGCUGGUGUUGUACCUUCUGUAAGCUGCAACAGGGCUGUUCAAGGAGAUAAAUCUGAAACCAACCUUCAACAAGAGAAUGCUACAGGGCAUUCUAAAAUAUUUGAGAAGAAUGGCGUUAAGGCUCAUCUCGAGGUCAGUUGUGCUGACAAAGCUAAUCCAGCACUACUUGAUGAUGUCAACAUCUUGGAAAAUAAUACAUCCGGUGGUAGGCAGACUGCUCUAGAUUCUCCUUGCUGCAAUGUGCCGUCCUCUAGUCAGGAUAAAGAUGCCAAUGGUUCCAUCAAGGGCCUUACGGAGCAAGAUUUGUGCAUAAAAUGUGGUAAAGAUGGACAGUUGCUGAAAUGUAGCAGCUGCUCAUUAGCCGCCCAUGAUGGCUGUUUUGGUUCACCAGUGACUUUUGAUGCUUCUGGCCAGUUUCAUUGCCCUGUAUGCUUCUAUACUAAAGCUACCGAAGCAUAUCAAAAGGCUAAAAAAGCAUAUUUCGAAGCUAGGAAGAACCUAUCUGCUUUCCUUGGCACAAAGCAAUUCCCAAAGCUAGAUGAACAAUCUACUGGAAAACAACAAAUAGCUACCAACAGCAAGGAUCACUUGAAUGAGUGUAAUACAUCCAAAAGGCAAGGUAACCAUCAAUCUGAAGCGGAUAAUCUUUCUCAUAUGGAUGAAGAACCUAGUCUGCAGAGGAAUAAGCAGAGAACAAAUGAUACUAGUGUUGCGUGUCCUGAGGAUCAGUUGAAUGGGUGUAAUACAUCCGAAAGGCAAGGUAACCAUCAGUCUGAAGCUGACAACCUUUCUCAUAAGGAUGAAGAACCUGGUGAGCAGAGGAAGAAGCAGAAAACAAAUGAUACAAGUGAUGCAUGUCCUGAGGAGGAUCAGUUGAAUGGGUGUAAUACUUCCAAAAGGCAAGGUAACAAUAAGUCUAAUGCAUAUAACCUUUCUCAUAAGGAUUUAGAACCUGGUCAGCAGAGGAAGAAGCAGAAGACAAAUGCGACAAGUGAUGCUUGUUGUGAGGAGGUAGUCACUGAAAAGGCAUCUUUUGGUCUGAAUUCUAAUAUUGCACCAAAUAAAGAUUCUGUACUCCAAAAUAAAAGAAAACAAGUUCAUGUUACAGAGCAUGAGCAGUCUGUGGAAAAUGCAGAAGCCCAUGAAGAUGGUAACGGCAAUUCAUUUUGUGAACCGCAACAUUCAUCUCAGAACAGAUGUAGUCCUGUUGUCAGUCAGAAUGUUGAGGCUGAUAAACAUGUCAGUCUUACAACUUCUCAUGAGUGUGAAAGUUCCGAUGAAAUAGAAGCUACGUCUUCAAAUGAUUCUGGCAAGCAGUCGUCACCCCCUUGGCGAAACAUGAGACACCACAAAGCAAAAUUUCAAGAAAAGGAGACUGUAGUAUCAAAAAAUUCUAAAAAGGCAUUGGGAUGCCAGGAUCAGCACAUGCCUUCACCAUCAAGAAAACGGAAGUAUGCACCACCCAAGCGUUACUGUAAUCCUGUUGCACCAGCUGGAAGGCGCUCAAAGCUCUGUUGGACAGAAGAAGAAGAGCAAACUUUGAGGGAUGCAAUGUUAAAAUUCACCCCAAAGGACGAUGAGCUGAUUCCAUGGAUUCAGAUAUUAGAAUAUGCUAGCCACUUGUUCAUCGGACACCUAAUGCAGCAAAGGAGCAAGACGAGGAGGAGCUGGUGCUGGGGUUGGAUAUCACCUAGUCCUCAGGGGAGCAGCAAGAGUGAACGGAGCACGCGGCGGCCAAGGAGGCGCGUGGUGCAGCCGCCCAAGAAAGCCAGGAACGCGUCUGGGGGCGACAAGGAGCCCGAUUUCCUCGGGGAGCCCUUCAACGCCGAUGAGGCACGCACCAAGUGGCCACAACGCUACCAGCAAGGCCCCGCAAAGAGGCCAGAUGAGGAGGACGACGUCAUGGCGCGGUGCCAAUACCGCUCUGCCAAGGUUGACGACGUAGUCUACACGCUGGGCGACGACGACUAUGUCAUGGCUAUCUAUGCCAUGACUGGUUCUGGGGAAAAUGAGGCUGAUUACAUUGGCCGAAUAACUGAGUUCUUUGAGGGUACCGACCAGUGCCACUACUUUACAUGUCGUUGGUUCUUUCUUCCAGAGGACAAGGUGCGUAUUGAUUAAGCGUUGUGGUAGUAUGCACUGUCUGUACUGAUAGCAUAGAACUAAUAGUUAUCUUGUACUCCCUCCAUUCCAAAAUAGAUGACUCAACUUUGUACUAACUUUAGUACAAAGUUAGUACAAAGUUGGGUCAUCUAUUUUGGAACGGAGGGAGUAGGUGAUAUCCAGAACCAAGCUUGUCCAAAUGUACGUGCGUUCUCCGUGAGGAAAGAAUGAUAAUGUGCUCCGAAUGUAGGUGUAUGUUCAAAACUUGGUUAGAACACGCGCGCGCAACACACACACAUACAUUAGUAUUUGAUUUGGUGAGAUGUAUCAAAUUAAUAGUCAUUAGCUGAAUAUAUAAUAUAAUUUGAUAAGAUUCGCCAAAUCUUGUACUUUUACUGUAUAUGUAUUCGGUUAAUGAAUACUAAUUUAAUACUCCCUCUGUUCACUUAUAUAAGACGUUUUAGCAAAUUCAGACAGUGUACUAAACAGUUCAAACCCAGCUGUCUGAAACGCCUUAUAAAAACGAACGGAGGGAGUACAUAUACAUAUCAUCAAAUCAAAUAAACAUAAUAUAUAAAUAUGUUAAUUCACUUAUUGGCUAUUCAUUUCAUUAGAUUCACCAAAUCUUGUACUUUAAUGUGGUGAAUCAGCUAUAAAAAGCCUUGCCCAUUUCGUUUGUUCUCCUCCAGAACUCACAAAUCACACAACAAUCGACAACUCUCUCCUUAAACACUGCAACUAGUUAAGAUGAGGACUACACAUGUGUUGUUUCUGGCCCUCGCCUUACUCAUGCUAGCAUCAGGUACUCAUUUGUUCUUGUAAUACAUUUCUGCACAGUUUCAUCCAACAAAUAAUGGCCAUGUUGUGACCAUCCUUUUCUUCAUGGAGAUUUUGCAGAUGUGGUAACAGAGGCGUCAAUGGAUGAUAGCGUUAAAAUCUUGAGGUGUGCGGCAACCAGUAUACCAUCACCACAGCCAUGUGACAACUUCACUUGCGAACUGGCAUGCUUCAACCUUAUAAAGCUGCCCAAACAAGGAAAGUGUACUGAUUUCCAAUGUAAGUGCAUGAUAUGCGAAGACACCUCUCCACUAUAAUGACAAGUGGGUGGAAACUAGCUAAGGUAGGAUGACAUGUUCAAUGGAAUGAUGCGAGCAAAUCGAAAAUGGUAUAGCAGCAUGGUUGUUCACUAAUAAUCGACAUAUUAUGAAGAAUGAUGGAUUUGAUCUAGCUUCUUGAAUGAUCUAAAAUUAUGAAGCUAUUGCUACAUAA